AUGGCCGAGACUGACAUGCUGAAUAGAGAAUAUACAACGGUACCGGAACAGCUCAAGACGGACGAAGUAUUACCUGCAGUAUCUGAAAUUCCCUCUUUGCUCACGUUGUUGCGGCACCCCAGAAGAAGUCGAUCCGUGUCAAUAGGUCCACAGUCCCAGGCGGAUGCGUACGAAGCUUUAGCUUCUCGAGAGAAGCAAAGAAGGGCAAGUAAACGCGAGCAGAAAGCGCAGGACAGAGGCGAAAAGUCGGAAUACUUUAGCCUUCCGGCGUCGAACAGCACUGCAAGACGCCUGACGCCGGUCAUGCUGCCGACUCCUGCUUCGUCGAGUUCGAAUUUGUACGAGUCAAUGUUAAGCGCAGAGUCAGCACUAUACACACCAUCAGAGCAUGGAUCGAACAGCGCCGUUCCUAGUCGGCAACCAAGCCAAGAACGACGACGUCAUGAGAAGGAAGAUAGAGAGAUGUUCUCAAAGCUUGAGAAGCCUCGUGUCCGCUAUGAUGUCGAAGUGGUGACGAAACUGAUUGUCUACGCUGGUAUAACAUUCAAUAUUCUUGUAUAUGGGGGUAAAUGCUAA